AUGUUAGCUGACAAAACCAGUGCCUAUGUAAAUAAAAGUUCUGUAUAACCUAAAUAAACAAGAAAAAGAGUGGUUAUAGGUUGUUAUCAUUCUAGCAACUUGAUAUUCAAUAUGUGGCAUAAACCUUCGAAAAGACUCAAUCUAUUAAUAAUCUUUAAGAUAUAUUAAUAGAUAAUAAAUCUACAGAUUUAAGAAAUUCAAAUACAACAGAGGAAAGUGAAAUUGAGAAAUUAUCUCAGGCUUAUGUAGACAAAUAUUAUUAUGAAUUGAAAUUUGAACAAUAUUAAAAUUUACUUACAUAACAAUAAGGCACAAUCACUAAAUUACUAAAUGAAAAAUAGGAUUUGCUUAGCAGACUUGAAUGUGCUAAAAGUAAUGAAAAAGAAAUUAGUCUGUUAUAAUAAUUAGAAGUCAAAUUUAUUGAAAAUCAAUAAGAAACACAAUAGUUACAAAUGGAAUGCUAAUAAUACAUAUAUUAAAUUGAAUAACUUCUUGCUGCUAAUAAUGAGUUACAAUAAUCAUUUGAAUCCUUAAAUAACUAAUUUGUUGAAUACAAAGAUAAAUAAGAUAAAUAUUCAAUAAAAUAACAAGUAUUAAUAUCCAAAUUAACUGAUGAUAUCGGAAGUCAAAAAUACUUACAAGAUGUAUGUUCCCAAAUGUAAAUUAUUAGAUUAUAAAAUAAUCAACUUUCUGAAUAAUUAUCUUCUUAGGAACAUAAUUUCUAAAUCAAAUUGUAGGAAAUUUAAGAAAAACAUUUAAUUCAAAAUAAUGAAUUGUAAUAAAACUGCAAAUCUCAUAUUGAGUAAAAAGAAGAAUAAUUGCAUUUAUUAAGAAUGGAACUUGAAAAAAAAAAAUCAGAAAUUCAAAAACUAUAGAAUGAAAGCAUUUCAUUAUAAAAUUAUAUUUAAUAAUUAACAUAGAAGUAUCAAAUUAAUUUAUUUUAGUUACAAAGAUGAUAUUCGCGCUUAAGCCUCACUACUUUCAGAAUAGGUGGAAGAAUAUAAGAUAGUUAUAUAAAAUUUAGAUAAUCAAUUAUAUCAUAUGAACUUAGAAAUAAAACAAGGAGAUCGAUCUUCUUCAAAGGAUAGCAUUAUAAAUACAAGAUUGUUAUCUAAUUAUAUUAGCAAAUAUAAAUAUUGA